AAUGUUUGUGCGAGGGUAGUCGGCUUAACAACAACAGCCUGACGGGUCCUAUUCCUAUGUCAUUGACUAAUAUCACUUCACUGCAAGUGCUGGAUCUAUCAAAUAACCAUCUCUCUGGAGUAGUUCCAGACAAUGGCUCCUUUUCGUUAUUUACCCCCAUCAGUUUUGCUAACAACCUGGGUCUUUGUGGCCCAGUUACUGGGCACCCCUGCCCAGGCUCUCCUCCAUUUUCUCCCCCUCCUCCUUUUGUUCCACCACCUCCAAUUUCUACACCAGGUGGGAAUAGUGCCACUGGGGCAAUUGCUGGAGGAGUUGCUGCAGGUGCUGCUUUGCUAUUUGCAGCCCCUGCAAUUGCGUUUGCAUGGUGGCGUAGAAGGAAACCUCAAGAAUUUUUCUUUGAUGUGCCUGCUGAGGAGGAUCCAGAAGUCCAUCUGGGGCAGCUUAAAAGGUUUUCACUACGAGAAUUACAAGUUGCAACAGAUAGUUUUAGCAACAAAAACAUUCUGGGUAGGGGUGGAUUUGGGAAGGUUUACAAAGGUCGUCUGGCAGAUGGUUCACUGGUUGCUGUAAAAAGACUGAAAGAAGAGCGCACACCUGGUGGUGAGCUGCAGUUUCAAACAGAAGUAGAGAUGAUCAGCAUGGCUGUGCAUCGAAACCUCCUCCGGUUACGAGGUUUCUGUAUGACACCAACUGAGCGGCUUCUUGUUUAUCCUUACAUGGCUAAUGGAAGCGUUGCAUCAUGUUUAAGAGAACGACCACCAUCUCAACUACCCCUUGAUUGGCCCACAAGGAAGCGGAUUGCUUUGGGAUCUGCAAGGGGUCUUUCUUAUCUGCAUGAUCAUUGUGACCCAAAGAUUAUUCAUCGUGAUGUAAAAGCUGCAAACAUUUUAUUGGACGAGGAGUUUGAGGCUGUUGUUGGGGACUUUGGGUUGGCUAAACUUAUGGACUACAAGGAUACCCAUGUGACAACCGCUGUACGGGGCACAAUUGGGCAUAUAGCUCCAGAGUACCUCUCUACCGGGAAGUCAUCUGAGAAGACUGAUGUUUUUGGGUAUGGGAUUAUGCUUCUGGAGCUAAUCACUGGACAGAGGGCUUUUGAUCUUGCUCGGCUUGCAAAUGAUGAUGAUGUCAUGCUGCUUGAUUGGGUGAAAGGACUACUGAAAGAGAAGAAACUAGAAAUGCUAGUUGAUCCUGAUCUCCAGAAUAAUUACGUAGAAGCUGAGGUGGAGCAGCUAAUCCAGGUGGCGCUGCUUUGUACUCAAGGCUCCCCAAUGGACCGGCCGAAGAUGUCGGAAGUUGUGAGAAUGCUUGAAGGUGAUGGCUUGGCAGAGAGAUGGGAUGAGUGGCAGAAGGUGGAAGUUCUCCGCCAGGAAGUGGAACUCGCUCCUCAUCCCAACUCUGAUUGGAUUGUUGACUCCACAGAAAAUCUACAUGCAGUUGAGUUAUCUGGUCCAAGGUGACCCUGCCACAGUAAAAUUAAAGAAAGAAAUUACUACUUUUUUUUUUUUUUUUUUUUAAUAUAAAAUUUUCUUCCCUUUCUUUUUUCUUUUCUUAGUGACCAAAUAUUCUGAUGAUGUCUCCUGUAAGUCCACUCUGCAUUGUAUUCAUUACAUUUGUGCAUAUCAGUCAGCCUUGUCGAGGUGCAGUUUCACGAAGCCCUGAUGUUUUUGCCCAAAUGAAAGCUUGUGGCACUUUUAAUCUCU